AUGCCGAAGGUGGGGAGCUACCGUAUCACGGACACGCUCAGCAGCACACCGACCUGCACCGUGUACGUUGGGCAGCAUGUGGAUACCGGCAUGCAGUACGCUGUGAAGACGUUUGAGAAGCGGCAGAUGCAGGACGACUCCACGCUGCGCGAGCGCGUCCGCCGGGAGAUCUACGUCAUGAAGCGCAUCUCCUCCGACGUGGCGAGCGGCGCCACCGACACACCGAGCGGCCUGGCGCAGUACAACAACAACAACAACAACAGCAGUAGCGGUGCUGAUGACGGCAGCGGCCACGCGCUGCCGGUCGCGCCACCCCUGGACCGGCGCAACGUGAUGACGCUGAAGGAGGUGCUGCAGACGUCGCGUGCCGUGUAUUUAGUAAUGGACUUUGCCGGCGGUGGAACACUGGCGGACCUCAUCGACAAGGGCGGUCCGCUCGCGGAGGCGGUCGCGGCCAACUACUUCUUCCAGCUGAUGCACGGUGUGCUGUACUUGCACGCCAGCCGCGUUGUGCACCGUGAUAUCAAGGCGGAGAACAUUUUACUGUCCACCGACGGCGCGCGGGUUAGAAUCAGCGACUUCGGUCUCUCUGUCAUUGUGGACAGCGCCGACUUCAGCAGUGCACCAUUCCCGGGCGUCUGCGGGCGCUGUCGUCACUGCGGGCAGCCAGUCAAUGUGUCACCGAAUCGCUCCCCCACCAUCUUUGUCCACUCACAGUUGAAUAUGCACGGCAGCAACCCCGCCAUCACAGACUCCACGUCGGGCGAUGGCUUUGCGGUGGACGGCGGCGAGACGGGUGUACGGCUCAAUACGCUCGUCACAACGUGCCCGCACUGUGGUGUGCCGCAGCGCCGUCAGACCCUCAUGGCGUCGGCAUGCGGCACGCCAGGCUACGUCGCGCCGGAGGUGCUGAGGCCAGACAAGGCGAAUAGUGCGGCUCUGUUUCGGGAUAGCGGAACGGCGAGCAGUGUGGGCAUGUGCGAUGGGUAUGCCGCCGACAUAUGGAGCUGUGGCGUGUUGCUUUACUACAUGGUCACUGGGAGGCUCCCUUUCGACCCCACAGCAGCUGCUUCUUCAAAGGCUGCAAACGCGAAACAUUUAGGCAGAGGGGUCGAUGCCGGCGCAUCGCGGCUCUCCGUUGAGGCGCUGCACGAGAUGUACCGCCGCAUUGGUGCGUGCGAGUACACGAUCCCGGCGUUUGUCCCGGCAGGGGCGUGUGCGUUGAUAAUACGGCUCUUGUGCGCCGAUGCCGCCGAGCGGCCGACGGCGGCGACGGUGCUGCGCGAUCCGUGGCUGGCGAAGUGCAGGCUUGUCUGA